CAAUGUGUGGUUACCAUCAUUAGUCUGAAUAGGAAUGGUACGUCAACAAUGCAUUUAGCUGAAACCACCACUGAAGUCUCAGCCAACAUCAUGGCAGCAUUAGGACUCCUAUGCCUUGUGAGCUCCAUAGCAUCCAUCCUUGUCAAAUGUGAAGAUGCAACAUCUGAACACAAAAAGAUCUACCCAGCAAAGAUAUUUGGACCAUCUAGCGUGACUGAAGGGGUAAACAUCCAUUUUAUAUGUAGCACUACUGGCAUCAGAGGACCUGAGGACAAGUUACAUUUUUACCUUUGCAAGAAUGGAGUUGGGAUAAGAAUUACACUGCUGGAGAAAGGUGAAGAUGAUGCUAUUUUUGAAAUGAAGAAUGUCACACGAGAAGACUCAGGCAACUACAGCUGUGUGUACACCAGAUAUAAACUUGUACCCAGUCACUUGAGGUCAAUAGGGGAUACUUUAGUAGUCUUUCAGGUUGAUGGAGAACAGAAAGAGGGACUAAAGAAUAUGGGAGGACAAGGGAGAGCGGGACUGGCAGCAGCCUUGGUCCUCCUGUUUCUGACGCUGUCUGUACUGCUGUUAGUGUGGAGGUACUGGGGAAUCCUGAAACAAAUGAUAAGCAUUGACCAUCAACCAAGUGAGAAUCAGGAUACGGAUCAAACAUACAGUCUAAUCUCAGUUGUACCAGUCGCAGCUGGUGUAAUUGAGGUCCCCUUUGAUGGUGAUGAAGGACACUAUUCUAUGAUAGGGCUGGAAUCGUCAGGGAGACUACGAAAGAAUCCUGAGCCCUUGGGUUCACAAGGUGUGUCGGGCAUGGGAUCGGUGGUUCAUCACUCUCCAACUGGUCCUACAGGAGAUGAGGCUCUGUACACCGUAUUAACUAGAGUGAAAAGACCAGAACAGCAGGGUGAAACUGCCAUCUAUGCCAAAGUGAAAACAAAGAAGGAGAAAGAAAAACAGGACCCUGUUUACAGUCUGUGUCAUUACAAAUACAGUAGUGCUAUACAGUAGUAUAUGACAUGCGAAAUGACAUGACAGAACAUGUGGUUUAUCUGCCCUUUUGGUCAUAGAAGUAUGGGGAUAGUAAUACUGUACACCUAGGUGUAUGCUAAAAUGUGUUUUUUUAAAUACUGCUUUGGUUUUGAACAUAUUACUCUUUGAUGCAGUCUGCAGUCUGGGUGCUAUCUUUGAGCCUAGCAAAGAUGUAGAUGACAUUAUUCCACCUUUUAUUCAAUAAAAACAAACCAAGCUUGAAAUGAAAGCAAUAU